AUGGCGAGUGAAGCUGGAUGGUCCUCCGACGCCAACGAUGCGGUCCAUAUCACCGUUAUCCAACCCGGCGAAAAGAAGCCCAAGACUCUCUCGACCUUCCACCCGCAAUUCACAUAUCCUAUUUUCGGCGACGAUGAGCAAAUCUUUGGUUACAAGGGGCUGAUUAUCCGGUUACGCUUUGCCGCUCAUGAUCUACGCCCUCACGUUCACAUUUCCUAUGAUGAGAAAUUCAAGCCGAUCGGCGAUACGCAAGCUCUCAACCUUCUCGAUACCUUGAAGCCUUUUGCUCAGGAAGAGGCAUUCGGCAACCUUGAAGACUACGAGAAAGCGGUCCAGAACGAUCCAAGCGCCAAAGACUUCAAGCCCCCGGGCGAGUUUGUGAUCGGAUACGACGUCGGCGACAGAAAGUACGAGAUCUGGGCUGGGUCACUCGCAGACCCGGAAGUGCGCAAGCUUCUAGAUCGCGUCCAGAUCCUUGUCUCCCUCUUCAUUGAAGCUGGAACUCCUCUGGAAACUGAUGAUCCAGAGUGGACUCUUGAGCGGUGGACAGUCUACUUCGUAUAUGAGAAGGUGACGCCCCCAACACCAACGGCCUCCUCAUACUCCAUUGUUGGAUAUGCCACAACGUACCGCUAUUGGCGUUAUCAGCGAGAUAUCUCAGAGGUUCCAACAGUCAAGAACGGCGAUUUCCCACUGCCGGAAGUCAAGGUUUCCGAGCUUCCGUCUCGAAUUCGCAUUGCGCAAUUCCUCAUUCUCCCUUCACACAGCCGCUCCGGUCACGGCAACCAACUAUAUACCACAAUCCACGCCGCCUGUAUCGCAGACCCAACCGUUGUGGAAUUGACCAUUGAAGACCCCAACGAACAGUUCGACGCACUCCGGGACACAGCUGAUUACACUCUGCUGCGACCAGAGUUCUUGAAGCACAACGUCAACCUCAACCCGGAUCCGCUUGGAUCGUACUCGCAAAAGAAACGACCACGCGUGGUGCCAACUUCCGCCCUGAUUCCCACCAAACUUCUCCACGAUAUCCGCACAUCCUUCAAGAUUGAGACCACCCAGUUCGCCCAUGUCCUAGAAAUGUAUCUUCUGGGCCAGAUUCCUAAGAGCCACCGCCUGGCUGGCGGCACAAACCUUGCCCGGCUCUUGAUCAAAAAGUACAAGGCCACCGACGAAAACGACCGUCGCUACUAUUGGUGGCGCAUGCUCACCAAGCAACGUCUCUAUAAGAAGCACAAGGAACUCCUGAAUGAACUUGAACUUCUUGAUCGGGUGGAAAAACUUGAUGCUACGGUCCAGAACGUGGAAGAGGGCUAUGAAAUCACAUUGGAUGCGCUUGAGGAUAGCCUCUCAGAGGGCGGUGAUGGAGAAGAUGGAGAGGGAGAAUGGGAGGACCUGCGAGAGGUUGGAGCUCCCACUGGAAGCCGAGACAAGCGUGUUAAGCGCAAGCUCACCGUCAUGGAUGAUGAGGAUGAAGAGGAGGAGGAUGCUGGACUUGCCAAGCGCCCUAAGAAUUAG